AGAAGUCCCCCCCUCGGUUGUCUCAAAAAAAAAGUCCCCCCCCUCGGGAAAAAAGGGGAAAAACCCCACACCAGAAGUCUGACCCCCAGAAAAUCCCCAAAUCUUCGCCGUCUCAGCUUCCGAAUCGCCGGCGAGGAGGAAGGGGCGGCGAUGGCGGGGACCAUCUCCCGCAUCCGGCUGGAGAAUUUCAUGUGCCACUCCAGCUUGCACAUCGAGCUCGGCGAGCACGUCAACUUCAUCACCGGGCAGAACGCAGGCGGAAAGAGCGCGAUCUUGACGGCUCUGUGUAUCGCCUUCGGCUGCCGCGCCAAGAACACGCAGCGGGCCGCUACGAUUAAAGAUUUCAUCAAGACUGGCUGCAGUUAUGCCGCAAUUGCUGUUGACAUCAACAACCAAGGGGAAGACUCGUUCAAGCCUGAUUUAUACGGAAACUUAAUUAAACUGGAACGCAGGAUUACUGAGUCAUCGAGUUCUACGAUUUUAAAGGAUCAACAUGGUAGGAAGGUGGCAAAUCGCAAAGAUGAUCUUAAUGAGAUAAUCGAACAUUUUAAUAUCGAUGUUGAAAAUCCUUGUGUAAUUAUGAGUCAAGACAAAAGUAGAGAAUUCCUGCACUCAGGAAACGACAAGGAUAAGUUUAAGUUCUUUUUCAAGGCUACUCUUCUUCAACAAGUCAAUGAGUUACUGGAGACAAUAAGAGAUCAGCUGAACAAUGCAGACUCUGUUGUUCAAGAGUUGGAGAAGUCAAUUAAGCCAGUGAUGAGAGAACUUGAUGAACUACGAGAGAAGAUAAAGAAUAUGGAACACAUAGAAGAGAUAGCACAUGAUAUCGAUAAUUUGAAGAAAAAGUUAGCCUGGUCAUGGGUUUAUGAAGUCGACCAGCAAAUUGAGGAACAGACAGUGAGACUCCAGAAACUCAAAGAGCGAAUUCCUGCAUGCCAAGAAAGAAUUGACCGAAAUACAGUUGUUAUAGAUGACCUGAAGAAAGAGCUUACUGAAAAGGAAGAACUUGUAAGAUCUUUAGGCGAUAAGACUCAUGAAGUGACCAACAUGAAGAAAAGUAUGGAAGAUAAUAUUGCUGAGGUUGUGAAGUUGAAGAUAGAGCUAGAGGCAGAGCAUGAGCGUGGCACACGUACGCUGGAGAAAAUGAAUGGCCGGUUGAAACAAAUGCAGGCACAACUCCGUGAUUUCCAAAUGCAGCAUAUGCAAUUUACUCAAGCUGAGGCAUCUCAAAUUGAGGAAGACAUGCAGAACAUACAACGGGACAUUGAUUAUCUUGAUUCAAAUGUUACAAGGUUAAGAGAGGAAGAAAAAGAAUUUUCUGAAGAGUUAUCGGGCAUCCAAAAAUCUAUCAGUGACAUAGCAAAAGAGAUAGCUGAAAGUGAUAAAAGGAUACUCCAAUUGAAAUCUCACAUGGAUGGUCUUCAGCAGCGUCAAAGUAAUACGGUAACGGCAUUCGGGGGACAAAAACUUUUGAAACUCUUGCAAUUAAUAGAAUCAAACCACGGAAGAUUCAAAAGCCCGCCUAUUGGUCCGAUAGGGGCUCAUCUGCAACUCGCUAGUGAGUCCUGGUCUGUCGCGGUUGAUUGCGCAUGUGGAGGGCUUCUGGAUGCAUUUAUUGUCUCGUGUCAUAAGGAUUUACAAGUUUUGCGAGAAUGCGCGGGUAGAGUGUAUUACAAUAACCUUCGAAUUAUUGUGUAUGAUUUCACUAGACAGCGAUUGGUCAUUCCAGAUGGUUCACUUCCUACAACAGAGCACCCCACAGUACUAUCAGUUAUUCAGUCAGAGAACCACACUGUGCUGAAUGUAUUGGUGGAUCAGGGUCACGCUGAAAGGCAGGUCCUGGUUCGAGAUUAUGAAGUCGGAAAAUCUGUUGCAUUUGAUCACAGGAUGCGGAAUAUAAAGGAAGUCUAUACCUCUGAUGGGUUCAGAAUGUUUUCUAGAGGUUCUGUUCAGACUAUUCUUCCUCCAAACAAAAGGCCAAGACCUGAGCGUUGGUGCAGUUCACCCGCAGAAAAAAUAGCUGAACUGAAGAAUGAAGCUGACGGUAUUCAAAGAACAAUCUCGGAAAAGAAUGCUCAGAGAAGGAAGUUGGUUAAUGACCGAAGUAACCUUGAACAGAAAAUAGCAAAUUUGAAGAGAAAACGAGAACCUGAGGAGCGCCAUUUAAUGAAUAAAAAAGUGCAACUUGAAGACGCAAAGAGAGCUACUGCUGAAAAUAAUAGGCACGCUGCUGUGGAUACCACUGAACUAGAGGAGGACAUAAAGGAAGAGAAGAAUAACAUUGAGCAGAGAGAACUAUCACUGCAGAAGACUAAUGUGAAGUUGUCAGCAGCUUUACGAGAAGUCAAUGAUAGAAGAAUGGCUUUCAAGACCUUUAUGGAUUCUGUGAAUGAGGAGAGAUUACAUUUUAGCAGUGCAAAUGAUGAACUAGAUCUUGUUAAGCGUAAAAUAGAUGCAGCUCAGCAGGAGAAGACUCACUAUGAAGGUGUCAUGACAACUAAAGUUUUACCUGAUAUUAAAACGGCUGAAGCAGAGUAUGCAGAUCUUCAGCAGCGUCGGCAGGAGUACUUCAAGAAGGCUUCGAUUAUUUGCUCUGAGAGUGACAUGGAAGCUCUGAGUCAUGUUGCUGGAUCCACCCCUGAGCAAUUAAGUGCUAAGAUAAAUAGACUGAAACAGAGAUUUGAUCAAGAAAGCAGAAGAUAUGCUGAGUCCAUAGAUGAUCUGAGGGCAUUGCAUGACAAAAAGGAACGGAAAAUCUUAAGAAAGCAACAGCUGUAUGCAGGUUUUAGGGUGAAAUUAAAUUCGUGUCAAAAAGCAUUGGACUUGCGAUGGAAGAAGUUCCAGAGGAAUGCUGGCCUUUUGAAGCGACAAUUGACAUGGCUGUUUAAUGAGCACCUGGGAAAGAAAGGUAUCAGUGGGUUCAUCAACGUAGAUUACAAGAGUAAAAUUUUGUCUGUUGAGCUGACGAUGCCUCAAGAUGCAUCCCGUGAUACCGUCAGAGACACUAGAGGACUGUCAGGAGGGGAGCGAUCUUUUUCAACACUUUGCUUCACUUUAGCUCUUCAUGGAAUGACAGAAGCACCUUUUAGGGCCAUGGAUGAGUUUGAUGUAUUCAUGGAUGCGGUGAGCCGCAAAAUAAGCUUGGACACCCUCGUAGAUUUUGCUGUUGCACAAGGGUCACAAUGGGUAUUUAUAACACCCCAUGAUAUCAGCAUGGUGAAGCCUGGAGAUCGGGUCAAGAAGCAGCAAAUGGCCGCCCCUCGCGGUUGACUCAGGGCUUAGCUGCCUGUAUGUCGUUGCGCUCGGCAUUGUAUAUAUCCAUCGAUCAGGUCAAGAAGCAGCAAAUGGCCGCCCCUCCCUCGGCACUCCUAGCCUCCGGGUCCACUUCUGACAGAACCUCUUGGGAACUGCUCAUUUCCUAUCUAAGUUUUGUACAUAGCUUGUUUCGAAGUGUACUGGCACUUGUUUUGUUAUUUAGGACUAUCGGGGACCGACAUCUUUGGUGUGAAAUGAGCUCUUUGUGGUGGCAUAUACGUAUCUGUCAGCUAAAACAUUUUGCAUUGCAUGAUACUAAGUGAAGCUA